GGAAUGAAGUCGCUGUUACGGUGAUGUUAUUCUCCUUCCGCCAGCCGCAACAUGAGGUUGACGGCGCUGUUGCAUGUUUGGUUCUUCUCGUGUUCCUGCGUCACACUGGUGCCUGCAAUUCGCCUGGAACCCACGGAGGACGGCUGGGAGGCAGACGCGGCCACGUUGGUGAAGGAUGUCCUGCUUGUGUCAUCGAAAAGCGACGCCUCUCUCGUCAUUAUUGCCGGAAAAGGCUUCUCGAGGGAAGUCAGAAGGUUCCUAGGAGCUUCGCGGAGCGUAGUGGUGUUUGAGGCUGCCAGGAAUGGCUCGCGGCUCGCCCAAGUGAUCACGCGCGCCCGCCAGGUGCGGUUGGCGUCGUGGAUGGUCGUGGUGGUGGUGGUGAGUGAUGACCCAGUCUUCUUGGCCGCCUUCGCCCAACAGGCCCGUGAGGGUCGCCUGCUGGUGUGGGCCACGAGGCUCAUUGUGGUGAGCCGUCGCGCUCCGCACCGCCUUCACCCUCUCCACCAAAUUCUCGCCCUUACCAAUUCCCUCCUGCUGCUGGUGGAUGGGGCGCCGGGGGUGAACAGCGCUGGUGGGUGGGUGGUGCUGCCAUACCAACGACCUGGCGUCGUCCCGCUGCGUGUUGCCUCCUGGACGGCUGGGGGUAAUCUUUCAUUGCAUCGGCCACUCUUCUGGGACAAAUUUAGCAAAAUGUCUGGAGAGGCAGAGUUGAUGGUAGCGAUGGAGCGGAACCACAGACAUUUAAUGAAAGAAGAACCAGACCCGACAGCUCCUGACGGUGUGAGGGUGCAGUUCAAGGGAUUCAUGGUCACUGUCCUCGACUAUUUGGCGCAGGGAGUUAAUUUCUCGUAUACGUUCCGGAGGCCACCAGACGGAUCGUGGGGCGUGAAGGAGCGUGACGGUACCUUCACCGGCAUGGUGGGCCAGGUGUACAGACAGGUACUGACUGUCUGUCUAUCUGUCUGUCUAUGUGUUUAUUUGUCUGUUUCUCAUGUGGAUGUUAAAAUAUGUGCAUACUGGGGAGAGGUUAUUCAGUGGGAGAGAUAAAAGAGGAAUGAUAAUGUAGAUAACAGUGGGGAAACGUAAGACAACUAAACAAGAGGACGAUUUUCUUCUCUCAGUGACUGUGUGUUCUCGCAGGAAGUGGAAGUCGGCCUGGGACCCUUCGCCUUGAACGCUCCCCGACUAGAGGCCGUUGACUUCAUAUGGCCAAUUUCCCUCAUGCCCAUUAAGGUGUUCGCCGGUCUAGGGAGUGUCGAGGUGGACCCGUGGGGAUUUGUGCUGCCCUUCGGUCUGUGGGUGUGGGUGGCGCUUCUCGCUUUCCUUUUGUUGCUCUCCGUCGGCUCUUGCUUUCUCUCCUUCAGGUUUUCAGAGAAAGAUUUUAGCGACGAAGGCUUUGCUUUUGUCAGCAUUACGCUUCGCCAGUGUGAGUAAUGCUACACUAAUGUAUUAAUAACACAUGUCGACUGAUCGUGUUCUGUGUUGCAAUGCAUGAUAUCCUUGAGUUAGUGGAUGAGCCUCCUUAUCCAACUCAUGAUUAUCUGUUGUGAUCUACCAUGAAUAUUACAGCCAUAUUGGAAGACACAUAUCACACUGGAUUAAUGCGUGUAUGUCAGUGUUGUAUGCUGCCCUUUACCUGAUACGGCUUGUUUCGGUCCGGCAGCCGUGUGGGUGGAUGAGGGCGGGUGGUGGUGGCAGCGCGUGGUGCUGGGCCUGUGGAUGCUGAUGACCAUGGUGCUGACGCGGAGCUAUGAGGGCAACCUUAUGUCGCUGCUGGCAGUGAGACACCUGCCCCAGCCCUACCAGACCCUCAGGGACGUGGUAGACGACCCCUCGGUGGUCAUGGUCUGGGAAAAGCAAGGGGCACCCAUUCAAGCUGUCAUAGUGCGUGAAUUAGCCAUACAAAAAAAACAAAAACCUUCAAUAAGCACAGAUUCUUCCCUGCAUGUGGCGUGACUUAAUGUAUUUUUCGGUUUACAUUAUAAUUCAGA